ACCUGGCGGUGUCACACACAGCGAUGUCUCCCAGUCACCAGUCACCCGGGAGCAGAGGGCGGAGUCCAGAGGGGAGGAGCGCGGGGACCUCACAUCCGGUUGGAACGCACAGGCCAGAAGUCGGUUGGAACGCACAGGCCGGAAGCCGAUUGGACCGCAUAGACCGGAAGUCAGGUGGAACGCACUGUACGGAAGCCGGGUGUGUAACGGAAUGCUGGUGAGAGGAAGAGGCCGGGCCUGGGAGCCUCUGGGGGUGCCUAUAAGGUGUCAGGAUAUCACUCCGUGCAGGAGGGGGAGUAUAUAGAGGAACACAGGGGUCUGUACAAGGACGUGAUGAUGGAGAAUCACCGGCCCCUCGCAUCACUGGAUUGUCCCAGUAACAGUGAUACCCCAGGGAGAAGUCCCCAUCCUCUGUAUUCCCAGGAUUGUACAGCGGAGAAUCACAGGAUCUCACAGGAGCAUCAGGGUGAAGAUUUGACUAAAAUGAAGGCAGAACAUAUAGAAGAAGAGACAUAUGUGACUGAUAUGAAGGCAGAAGAUACAGAUGGAGAAGAAGAGACGUAUGUGACUGAUGUGAAGGCAGAAGAUACAGAUGGAGAAGAAGAGACGUAUGUGACUGAUAUGAAGGCAGAAGAUAUAGAGGGAGAAGAGACGUAUGUGACUGAUAUGAAGGCAGAAGAUAUAGAGGGAGAAGAAGAGACGUAUGUGACUGAUAUGAAGGCAGAAGAUAUAGAGGGAGAAGAAGAGACGUAUGUGACUGAUAUGAAGGCAGAAGAUACAGAGGGAGAAGAAGAGACGUAUGUGACUGAUAUGAAGGCAGAAGAUAUAGAGGGAGAAGAAGAGACGUAUGUGACUGAUAUGAAGGUAGAAGAUAUAGAGGGAGAAGAAGAGACGUAUGUGACUGAUAUGAAGGCAGAAGAUAUAAAGGGAGGAGAAGAGACGUAUGUGACUGAUAUGAAGGCAGAAGCUAUAGAGGGAGAAGAAGAGACGUAUGUGACUGAUAUGAAGGCAGAAGAUACAGAUGGAGAAGAAGAGACGUAUGUGACUGAUAUGAAGGCAGAAGAUACAGAUGGAGAAGAAGAGACGUAUGUGACUGAUAUGAAGUUAGAAGAUAUAAAGGAGGAAGAAGAGAUGCACAUGAGGGGUGAUCAGCAGUGUAAGGAGGAGGAAAUCCCUACAGAUAUCAGCACAGUAGAUGGAUGUAACAGAAGAAAUAUAUGGAAGGAACGUCUCCCUUUAUCUCGGGACUGUAAAAUAGAAGAUAACAUUACAAGAGAUUCUCCAGUAGAGAUCCCUAUUACCUCAAUUAUGCAUCCAGAUCUUCACAGUACAGAUUUGUCAUCUGAUCCCACUUAUCAUGAGGAAUGUUCUGAUAGAGUAGAUACCAGAUGCUUUACACAGGACACAAAGCUUAUAACCCAUCAGCCAUCUAAGACAUUUCAAUGUUCUGAGUGUGGGAAAUGUUUUACAUUCAAAUCAUAUCUUGUUGCGCAUGAGAGAAGUCACACAGGUGAGAAGCCAUUUCCAUGUUCUGAGUGUGGGAAAUGUUUUACACGGAAAUCAUAUCUAAUUACCCAUGAGAGAGGUCACACAGGUGAGAGGCCAUUUCCAUGCUCUGAGUGCGGAAAAUGUUUUACACAAAAAUCACAUCUUGUCCUGCAUGAGAAAAGUCACACAGGGGAGAAGCCAUUUCCAUGUUCUGAGUGUGGUAAAUGUUUUAGACAGAAAUCAUCUCUUGUUAUACAUGAGCGAAGUCACACAGGUGUGAAGCCAUAUUCCUGUUCUGAGUGUGGGAAAUGUUUUACACAGCAAACACUUCUUGUUAUACAUCAGAGAAGUCAUACAGGUGCAAAGCCAUUUCCAUGUUCUGAGUGUGGGAAAUGUUUUACACAGAAAUCAAAUCUUGCCAUACAUCACAGAAGUCACACAGGUGUGAAUCCAUUUUCCUGUUCUAAGUGUGGGAAAUGUUUUACACAGAAAUCGUCUCUUGUAAUACAUGAGAGAGAUCACACAGGUGAGAGACCAUUUUCAUGUUCUUUGUGUGGGAAAUGUUUUAAGCAGAGAUCACAUUUUGUUCUACAUCAGAGAACUCACACAGGAGAGAAAAUAUGUUCAUGUUCUGAGUGUGGGAAAUGUUUUACACAGAAAUCGGAACUUAUUAUACAUCAGAGACAUCACACUGGUGAGAAGCCAUUUCCAUGUUCUGAGUGUGGGAAAUGUUUUACACGGAAAAAACUUCUUAUUAUACAUGAGAAAAAUCACACAGGUACAAAGCCAUAUUUAUGUUCGGAGUGUGGAAAAUGUUUUACACAGAGAUCAAAACUUAUUAUACAUCAGAGAUGUCACACUGAUGAGAAGCCAUUUCGAUGUUCUGAGUGUGGAAAAGGUUUUGCACAGAAAUCAAAACUUGUUAUACAUCAGAGACGUCACACUGAUGAGAAGCCAUAUUUAUGUUCUGAGUGUGGGAAAUGUUUUACACAGAAAUCUCAUCUUGUUACACAUCAGAGAAGUCACACAGGUGAGAGGCCAUUUUCCUGUUCUAAAUGUGGAAAAUGUUUUACACAGAAAUCAGUUCUUGUAACGCAUGAGAGAACUCACACAGGUGAGAAGCCAUUUUCAUGCUCUGUGUGUGGGAAAUGUUUUACACAAAAAUCAGAUCUUGUUAAACACCAGAGAAUACACACAGGCGAAAAGCCAUUUCCAUGUUCUGAGUGUGGGAAAUGUUUUACACAGAAUUCAGAUCUUGUUAAACAUCAGAGAAGUCACACAGGUGAAAAGCCAUUUCCAUGUUCUGAGUGUGGGAAAUGUUUUACACGUAGAGCAUCCGUCAUUAUACAUCAGAGAAGUCACAUAGGUGAGAAACCAAUUUCAUGUUCUGAUUGAUCAGAUCUUGGUAAACAUGACAUUAUUCAUACACAUUUUCACAGGUGAAACGUGUGUAUGCAGGGAAAAGUUUUUUGUCGGAAAGAAAUUUAUUAUAGGCAAGAGUGUAGAGGGCAUGAACAGUCCCAAGGGUGUUAAGGAAGCAUAAAGUCCCCGCCCAUCCAUAUGAUGUGACACCUGACAGAUAUGUUCCUCCCAACCCCCUCCUCAUCAGCAGUGGCCAGUGAUAUACCAGAAGGAUACCAGGUGCCAGAGAAACAUGUGACCGUAAAUGACAUAGGUUUGUUUUCUGAAAAUGUAAAGACUGACAAACACAGAAAUUGGUCAGCGGCGCCACCAUCAGGACACUACAAGUGUGAGAAAUAAGGACUGUGCUAUAUGUGGGUGUUCCAGGAGCUCUGGGUGGAGUCCCAAUGUGUGUCUAUUUGUAUGUCUAUAGACAGACAGCGCUCCCCAUCUCUCUACUAUGCCGAUCUGAGUGGUUUAACUUUAAAACUUUGUGCUGGAUAUAUACUGAGAUUGUCAUAAAUGCUACAUUGUCAUA